GCCUGUACUUUAUUUAACCACGAUACUCUUGUUAUUCCAAUUUCAUCAUCGUAUCAAAUCAAGUCAAAAUGGGUAGCCAAAUUUCUCCAGACACCCCAACCAUCUCCCUCCCCCAGGGCAAGCUCGUCGGCGUCAAGCUGAACGACAGCCUACCCCAACCUGUAGAUGGUUGGAUGGGUGUUCCCUACGCUCUACCCCCAACAGGCGAUCUUCGUUUCCGCCUCCCCGUCAAAAUCCCAGCUUCACCCGACAAAGUGAUCAAUGCAUCUGAAUAUGGCCCUGCAGCCCCUGGCAAGGGAUUGUUGGUUGGACCAACGCUUGAGCAAAGCGAGGAUUGUUUGACGGUGAAUAUCUUUCGCAAGUCAGCGGAUAAACAUGACAAGUUACCGGUUGCGCUGUAUAUCCACGGUGGUGCAUUUAACAGAGGGUCGGCGCAUAUGCACAAGACAGCAUCGAUGGUGGCAAAUGCGCCUGAGGCUUUUAUCGCUGUGACGUUUCAGUAUCGAAUUGGAGCUUUGGGCUUUUUGCCGUCGAGUUUGAGUGCUAAGGAGGGUGUUCUCAACCUUGGAUUGAAGGAUCAGAUUCUCAUGAUGGAAUGGGUGCAAGAAAAUAUCGCAGCCUUCGGCGGUGAUCCCAAUAACGUCACAUUGUUUGGUCUGUCCGCUGGUGCUCAUUCUAUCGGUCAUCAUAUCAUGCACUACAAGGAGGGCGUCACCCCUCUCUUCAACAAGGCUAUCAUUGAGUCUGGAGCUCCUACAUCACGAGCAGUGAGACCCUACAACGCGCCUAUCCACGAAGCUCAGUUUGAGGACUUCCUACGUGCCGUUGGAGUUCCCAACGAUCUCCCAGAGAAUGAGAUCUUCCCUUAUCUACGCCAGCAACCUGAGAAGGUCAUCACAGAUGCACAAACAGCCACAUUCGACAAGUACAACCCUUCCCUUCGCUGGGCUUUCCAACCUGUCAUUGAUGGUGAAGUGAUCGCGCGGCCGCCUCUAGAGACAUGGAAAUCGGGCAAGUGGCAUAAGGUGCCGAUCAUGACUGGCUUUACCACGAACGAGGGCUCUCUUUACGUUAAUAAGCAAAUGUCUGAGUCCUCUCAGUUCCGAGAUUUCUGGGCUGAAUUGCUACCGCUUCUGACCUCCGAUGAUCUGGAUACUAUCGAGGAGCUCUACAGAGACCCUGCCAAGUUCGAGGACUCUGAGUAUAAAGAAACUCGAAAGGACAUGGGCUCACAGUAUAAGCGCAUCGAGGCUGCAUAUGCCCACUAUGCUUAUGUCGCUCCCGCACGCCAGACAGCCGAACUUGCCUCCCCAUCAGUCCCCGUCUAUCUCUACCACUGGGCCGCCGUUAGCACAGUCAACAAUGGUGCUCAACACGCUGAUAACAUGCGUUACGAAGUCUGCGAUCCCAAGGUCGUGGCAGUCUCCGGAACACAAAAAGACCUUGCCAAGACAUUGAACCAUUACGUCACCAGCUUUAUCACAAGGGGUGAUCCUAAUGCUGUCUCUGGAGAGUACCCCCAGAGACCCAGAUGGGAGGCAUAUGAUCCCAAGAGUCCCAAGGUGCUGAGAUUCGGUGAAGGAAAUGAGGAAUUGAUAGGGGGAGAUGUUGGCAAGACUGCUGCGUUUACUGAUGAUGAUUGGGCUCGCAAGCAGUCUGAGUUUUGGUGGAGUAAAGUAGAAAUCUCACAACAGUGAGCAUAGAAGCAAACAAAUAAACAAGUACACCAC